AUGACCUAUCCAUUCGGAUUCAUCACCUCGAGCAUCUUACCGUAUCUACCAUUUUAUACUUAUCAGCCUGUGCCGCAGAAAAAGACAUCAUAUUUCAUCAAAGAUAUUCUUGGUGUCGGUGACGAUGUUCCGCAGCUUGACGAUUUUGGAAGAAGUGUUGAGAAUUCGAUUACUGCAGAGAAUAUCAGCCGACCAAUGAAAAAGAAAAAGGCAAGGACGACUUUCAGUGGACGUCAGAUUUUUGAGCUGGAAAAACAAUUCGAGAACAAAAAGUACCUCUCAAGUGCAGAACGCAGUGAACUCGCUAAGAAUCUUCAUGUGACUGAAACACAGGUAAAAAUCUGGUUCCAAAAUCGACGAACAAAGUGGAAAAAGGCGGAUCAGGAUCGACGGGAAAGAGUUAUGCAGUUUCAAACACAAACCGAUGAAAAAGAAAUCAAAUCUACAUAA